UUCUCUCUUCCAACAAUCAAAAGGUUUCGAGAUAUCUCCGUAUGUGCCUCGACUUUAUUACGCUAGCGUUCGUAUUAAAACAUUCUGUCUAGUUUCUUAAACUAAGUGCUAGCAGAUAUGAAAAAACGUUUUAAAUAAUCGUAUUGAAGAAGAAAAAUUUCGAAACAGUUUGUAUUUAAAAAGAAUUUUAGUUGGAUUAUAAUUUCAAUCAUGAAGUGUUUUUUCACGCUAAUCUACAGUGUCAGUGUAAUUUUUAUUGUGUCAAUUAUUUUUCAUGGUUCCAGACGGAAUUUUACAAUUCAAAGCAAUGAGGAUAUCUUGUGAAAUCUGUUGAGAUGAAUUAGAAUAGAAUAAGUACAGCUAGUGAAGACAUUGCGAAGAAAUGUGGAGAAGGCUUGACCAAAGAACUGUAUCACCACUUUCUGAAAUCAGUCUGGAAUCCUGCCUGAGUGAAAAUGUGAAUAUGAACACUGUAAACUCUCACCAAGAAAAGUCGAAUGCAUUGUUUUAUGUGGGAACUAUUGACUCAUUUAUUACUUACGAGCAACAAUUGCAUCAUCAAAGUGUGAAAGUAUCAUCACUAAAAUCAGAUAUAGUUAUGGAUAGUACCAUUGAACGGGGCUUGGAAGAAACAAUGAUCAGAGAUCAGAUUGAUUCCGAAAAACCUACUGAUAUCAAUUAUGUCAAAAGGGGUGAAGACAAUGAAAAACCCGAUACUAUCAUUGAAGAAAGUACUAGAAAAGAUGAAAUCACUCAAAUCAAUGAAGAACAAAGUUACGAUUAUAAUGAUAAUGAAGACGUCAAAGUUGACGUUUGUCGACACAAACGUAAAGUCAAAAGUUCUUCCAGUAGUCCAGUUGAUCUUACAGCCUCAUCUAAAACAAUAACAGAAAACAAUGAUCAGUAUUAUCACCCUCUUACAAAUCUGUCGAUAAAUGUGCAUACUCUUACAAACAGUUUAGAAACAACUAGUAUGCACAGUUCUGUAAAUAGUGAAACAAAUAGGUUGACUUGUGCUAAUGAUGGUCAAAGACAGUUAGCAUUAAUGCGUUACUCUAGAGGACAAUGUGCUGAUGGAUCAAUAGAAAACUUAAACCGUUCUUUGAUAAUCGUUAAUAGUCCCAUCAAAAAUCAAACAUCAACUGCGACGGUACAAUCAUGCAAACGAAGUCUUGCUUUUUCGGUAGAAAAUAUACUGGAUCCAAACAAGUUCACUGGCGCACGAGUUAUCCAUGGUCGGGUUCAAAACAGAAAACGGCGGAGACCAGGAUUUUUCCACAAAGAUGGAGAUGCAAACGAAGAAAUUGGGCAAGAGGAUGAGAGAUUUCUACACACAGUUAAUAAAAUGCAAGAGGGACCUGACGAUGAUAAUGAUAAUAAUAAUGAUGAUGAUAACGAUAAUGUCAUUGUUAAUCACAAUCAUAAUGAUGAUAAUGAUGACGAUGAUGAUGAUGAUGAUAAUGAUGAUGAUGAUGAUGAUGAUGAUGAUGAUAAUGAUGAUGAUGAUGAUGAUAAUGAUGAUGCUGGUGGUGGUGGUGGUGGUGAUGAUAGUAAUGAUGAUAAUGACGAUGAUGAUGAUGAUGAUGAUGAUGAUAAUCGCGUUGAAAUGCGAGAUGAAGACAAAAAUAAAAAAAUACUUGUCAGAGCACAUGAUACUACUUCUGCUGAAUCGAGUGGGAGUAAAAAGCGACAAUCAUCCUCAUCAUCAACCUCAUCAGGCGGAUACGGUCCCGGUAUUGUUCCAGGGAACCAAAAAGGAAAUAGCGAUGGAAUUUUAGGAGGUAAACCACGACGUGCACGUACCGCAUUCACGUAUGAACAGUUAGUUGCAUUGGAAAACAAAUUUAAAACAACAAGGUACCUGUCUGUGUGUGAGCGAUUGAAUCUCGCUCUGUCAUUAUCGUUGACAGAAACUCAGGUUAAAAUUUGGUUUCAAAAUCGCCGGACAAAAUGGAAGAAACAGAAUCCUGGUCUUGACGUUAACAGUCCAACAGUUCCAACGACACCUCCGCACCCAUCCCCAUAUGCUUCGGCGUUUCUUUUUGCAAACCACCCACACCCCCAUUCUCAUCCACAUCAACAUUCACAUGGUCAUGCUCAUCAUUCUCCAGCACCUCCCCCAGGUUAUUAUCACCAUCCCUCACCGUCUUAUUCCUCAACAGCUUCAACAUUUUUUGGCCAUCAUCACCUUGCACCGUCCGUGCCAUCACCCACGACAAUACAAUCAUCGACACCAACUUCUAAUUUAUCUUUAUCUUCGCAUUCUACACAUCUACACACGAAUGUACAUCCACAUGGGUAGCGAUCCUUGUAAUUAUAAUGGAAUCAUUGAUAUUUUUCUGUUUCCGUUGGAUACACGCAUAACUCAUUCUUGACUACAAUUGUGAUUAUACAAAAUUGCAGUGAUUUCAUGCCUGACUUGAGAUACUCAGUUAUAUGGAAACAUGAGGAUAUCCUUACUUAUUUUACUGUUAACUACUGUUGUUAUUGGAAGCUGAUUGUGGUCUCAAUCCAAGCAUCACUAGUAGUAAUUUACUGAGAUAUCAAGUUCAAAUAUACUAAUCAUUCAUGAUUAGUUGUAGAGAACAACUACAGAAAAAAUUGUGCACAAUAUUGUAUUGCCAUCAUUUUAAUCUAAGUAAUUUGAGAUAUGCCAAAAAUCAAUUUCCAUUACUAACUGUAAAGAAUAAAUACUACAUACGUUAUAAUUGUACAUAAUCUUUUAUUGAUAAGAUCUAUUGUUAAUUGAAAAAAAAGUUUUUACAAUUUUUUUUCCUAGAAAUAAUAAUAAUGCAUUUGA